ACCGACGUUGGAUUGAGCGUGCCUGGUCUCGACGGCGACACAACAACAUUAAAGAUGGCGGCCCUGCAAUCGCCUCUCCGAGCCUGCCGAGGAAUAUUGAAGGAGCUGCGAGCGAUACAAGGGCCACAUUACAAGCAGUCACCGGCCUACGCCUAUGUCAUGGAGCAGUUCCGUAAAAAUAAGCCUGAGGUAACAGGGGAGAGGUACUGCCGUGCCCAGCAGGAGGCACUCCAUGCCUCAAACACUUACCUGUGUUUGCUGGCCUCCACCAGGAACCACCUGGCCCUGCACAACCUUUACCACGGCAAGGGAGAGCGUGCCCCAGAGGAGGUGGCCGGCCUGGUGGGGCUCAGGUUGCCCACUCAGCCAGGGGGCAAAGGCUGGGAGAAGUGAGGGUCAGAGAGAGGGAGAAACCGGGGCUGAAGACAGAAUUAUUCUUCAGAAAUGACUUGUCUCUUAUUGUUUUAUCUGGAUUUAUAUAGUGGAACUAAUGGGUUUGACCCAAAACUGCAAAAAUUUAACCUCAUGUAAAGGAGACACUUGGAAGGGUUAAAAAGAUCAAUAUAUGAACCAUGUCUGGUGAUGGAAGACUGGAUAUUGUACCAGCAAGGACUGUGCAAGCUGUUUGUUUUGUUUCUGUAUCAUUAUUAGUGGAAAGGUUAUUUGUAGGAAGAUCUGAUCUGACUGUAUAUAAGGCAAGAGUUCUGAUAGAGAGUGAAAUAACAAGUUAUAAUAAGACUCUAAAUGUACCAUAUUGGAUCUGUAUAUCCAUGCUUGCUUUUAUCUGUGUGGUUGUAUUUUUCCACUAACUGCCAUAAAGAAAAAGCAGUGGUUGAAAAGCACUGUAAAUACAUUUUCACAGUUUCACUGUUA